CUCUCCCCAGGAACAUCAUGUAACUUUCCAUAGAGACACCCCCACCUCUAAGGGAAUGAAGAAGAGCUGCCCUGCGAGAACUUGAGCUUCUCCAGACAGCAGUAAUGGGAACAAAGAGAAUCCAUCCAGGGCUGAGGGAGUCCUAAAGAAUUCCAAUAGGUACAGUGAGAGACCAAGAACAAUCAAAGAUGAUUAAAGUGAGGCCCUGGGGGCCACAGGAGGGGAGUCCUUGGGGUCUGUGGCUGAGCAGUGGCUCUGAGUCUCCUAGGUCCUGACUUCUUCAAAUUCCCUCCUUGAUGCCCCUGGCUCUCUUCACCAACCGAGGACCCCAGGCUGGGUUUCUAUAGGAGAGCAGUGCCAUCUGGUGACAAGCUGAAGCAGUGCCAGGAGCUCUGGCCAAGUCAUGACUACAGUAGCGGUACAUGUGGACUCAAAAGCCGAGCUCACUACCCUGCUGGAGCAGUGGGAAAAGGAACAUGGCAGUGGGCAGGACAUGGUACCUAUCCUUACCAGGAUGUCUGAAUUGAUUGAAAAAGAAACUGAAGAAUAUCGUAAGGGAGAUCCAGACCCAUUUGAUGAUCGACAUCCUGGUCGAGCUGAUCCAGAAUGUAUGCUGGGCCACUUGCUGAGAAUACUCUUCAAGAAUGAUGAUUUCAUGAAUGCACUGGUGAAUGCAUAUGUGAUGACAAGCCGAGAGCCCCCAUUAAACACGGCAGCUUGCAGACUGCUACUGGACAUCAUGCCAGGGCUGGAAACUGCUGUUGUUUUUCAAGAAAAGGAAGGAAUCGUUGAGAAUCUUUUCAAAUGGGCCCGAGAGGCUGAUCAGCCUUUGAGGACAUAUUCUACUGGACUAUUAGGAGGUGCUAUGGAAAAUCAAGAUAUUGCUGCCAACUAUAGGGAUGAAAAUUCACAGCUGGUGGCAAUAGUUCUUCGAAGACUGAGGGAGCUACAGCUUCAGGAAGUGGCUUUGCGACAAGAAAAUAAGCGUCCUAGCCCACGGAAAUUGUCUUCCGAGCCCCUUUUGCCUCUGGAUGAGGAAGCUGUGGACAUGGACUAUGGUGACAUGGCAGUAGAUGUAGUGGAUGGAGAACAAGAAGAAGCUUCUGGAGACAUGGAGAUCUCCUUUCAUCUUGAUUCAGGCCAUAAGACCAGUAGUAGAGUAAAUUCAGCAACCAAACCUGAGGAAGGAGGAUUGAAGAAAAACAAGACAGCAAAACAGGGUGACAGAGAGAGCUUUAGGAAAGCCAAACAAAAGUUGGGUUUCUCAUCUUCUGAUCCAGAUCGCAUGUUUGUUGAGCUAUCUAACAGCAGCUGGUCGGAAAUGUCCCCCUGGGUGAUUGGCACCAAUUAUACCCUAUAUCCUAUGACUCCCGCUAUUGAGCAGCGACUCAUUCUCCAAUAUUUGACCCCUUUAGGAGAAUACCAGGAGUUACUUCCCAUAUUCAUGCAGCUUGGAUCACGGGAGUUGAUGAUGUUCUAUAUUGACUUGAAACAGACUAAUGAUGUCUUGCUUACAUUUGAGGCCCUCAAGCAUCUGGCAUCUCUCCUGCUCCAUAACAAAUUUGCCACAGAAUUUGUUGCCCAUGGUGGAGUACAGAAAUUACUGGAAAUUCCUCGUCCUUCUAUGGCAGCAACUGGUGUAUCCAUGUGCUUGUAUUACCUGUCCUAUAACCAGGAUGCUAUGGAAAGAGUUUGCAUGCAUCCCCACAAUGUUUUGUCUGAUGUGGUGAACUAUACCCUGUGGUUAAUGGAGUGUUCUCAUGCCUCAGGAUGCUGCCAUGCUACCAUGUUUUUCUCAAUUUGCUUCUCAUUCCGGGCUGUGUUGGAACUCUUUGACCGCUAUGAUGGUCUUCGUCGUCUGGUGAACUUGAUCAGUACUUUGGAGAUUCUAAAUUUGGAAGAUCAGGGUGCACUUCUGAGUGAUGAUGAAAUAUUUGCUAGCCGUCAAACUGGGAAACAUACCUGCAUGGCCUUGCGCAAGUAUUUUGAGGCUCACCUGGCCAUUAAAUUGGAACAAGUGAAACAGUCACUUCAGAGAACUGAGGGUGGCAUUCUUGUUCACCCUCAACCCCCAUACAAGGCAUGUUCAUAUACUCAUGAACAGAUUGUGGAAAUGAUGGAGUUUUUGAUAGAAUAUGGCCCAGCUCAGCUAUACUGGGAACCAGCUGAAGUCUUCCUCAAACUUUCUUGUGUGCAACUCUUGUUACAGCUUAUUUCUAUUGCCUGCAAUUGGAAGACCUAUUAUGCAAGGAAUGACACUGUGCGCUUUGCUUUGGAUGUCCUGGCUAUUCUUACUGUGGUGCCAAAAAUCCAGCUCCAGUUGGCAGAAUCAGUGGAUGUAUUGGAUGAAGCUGGCUCUACCAUCUCCACUGUAGGUAUCAGCAUUAUUUUGGGAGUGGCUGAGGGUGAGUUCUUUAUCCAUGAUGCUGAGAUUCAGAAGUCUGCACUUCAGAUUAUCAUCAAUUGUGUGUGUGGCCCGGAUAACCGAAUAUCUAGUAUUGGCAAAUUUAUUUCUGGAACUCCUCGCAGAAAGUUGCCUCAGACUCCCAAGAGCAGUGAGCACACCCUGGCCAAGAUGUGGAAUGUGGUUCAGUCUAACAAUGGCAUCAAGGUGCUUCUGUCUUUGCUGUCCAUCAAGAUGCCCAUCACAGAUGCAGACCAGAUUCGGGCCCUGGCUUGCAAGGCUCUGGUGGGCCUGUCUCGCAGUAGCACUGUCCGGCAGAUCAUCAGCAAACUACCCCUUUUCAGCAGCUGCCAGAUCCAGCAGCUGAUGAAGGAGCCUGUGCUGCAGGACAAGCGUAGUGACCAUGUCAAAUUCUGCAAGUAUGCUGCUGAACUCAUUGAACGGGUGUCAGGAAAGCCACUUCUCAUUGGCACUGAUGUCUCCCUGGCACGGCUGCAAAAAGCAGAUGUUGUUGCCCAGUCAAGGAUCUCCUUCCCUGAGAAAGAGCUGCUUCUGUUGAUACGAAACCAUCUCAUUUCUAAAGGGCUUGGAGAGACAGCAACUGUGCUGACAAAAGAGGCUGACCUGCCCAUGACUGCUGCCUCCCAUUCUUCUGCCUUCACCCCAGUAACUGCUGCUGCUUCUCCUGUCUCUCUUCCUCGAACGCCUCGUAUUGCCAAUGGCAUUGCAACUCGAUUGGGUAGCCAUGCUGCUGUGGGUGCUUCUGCUCCUUCUGCCCCUACUGCCCAUCCUCAGCCACGGCCCCCACAGGGUUCCUUAGCUCUGCCUGGUCCAUCUUAUGCAGGCAACUCCCCUUUGAUUGGUAGGAUCAGUUUUAUUAGAGAGAGGCCGUCACCCUGUAAUGGCAGAAAAAUCAGAGUGUUGCGGCAGAAGUCGGACCAUGGUGCCUACAGCCAGAGCCCAGCCAUAAAAAAGCAGUUGGACAGACAUCUUCCUUCCCCACCUACGCUGGACAGUAUCAUCACAGAAUAUCUUAGAGAGCAACAUGCUCGCUGCAAGAAUCCAGUUGCCACCUGUCCACCUUUCUCUCUCUUUACUCCUCACCAAUGUCCUGAGCCAAAACAGAGGCGGCAAGCGCCAAUAAACUUUACCUCAAGGCUAAACCGCAGGGCAUCAUUUCCAAAAUAUGGAGGGGUAGAUGGCGGAUGCUUUGAUAGGCACCUUAUCUUUAGCAGAUUUCGCCCUAUUUCAGUGUUUCGGGAAGCCAAUGAAGAUGAGAGUGGCUUUACCUGCUGUGCAUUCUCAGCACGAGAGCGGUUCUUGAUGCUUGGUACCUGUACAGGGCAGCUGAAGCUGUACAAUGUAUUUAGUGGACAAGAGGAGGCCAGCUAUAACUGUCACAACUCGGCCAUCACACACCUUGAACCCUCCAGGGAUGGGUCUCUGUUGCUGACAUCUGCUACCUGGAGCCAGCCUUUGUCUGCACUUUGGGGAAUGAAAUCAGUAUUUGAUAUGAAGCAUUCCUUUGCAGAAGAUCACUAUGUUGAGUUCAGUAAGCACUCUCAGGAUCGGGUUAUAGGCACAAAAGGAGACAUUGCCCAUAUUUAUGAUAUUCAGACUGGCAACAAGCUGUUGACUCUGUUUAACCCAGAUCUUGCCAACAACUACAAGAGGAAUUGUGCCACCUUUAAUCCUACAGAUGAUCUUGUCUUAAAUGAUGGCGUCCUCUGGGAUGUCCGUUCUGCACAGGCCAUUCACAAGUUUGACAAGUUCAACAUGAACAUCAGUGGCGUUUUCCAUCCGAAUGGGCUGGAGGUCAUCAUUAAUACUGAAAUUUGGGACCUUCGAACUUUCCAUCUUUUACAUACUGUUCCUGCUCUGGAUCAGUGUCGUGUGGUGUUCAACCACACGGGAACAGUGAUGUAUGGAGCUAUGUUGCAGGCAGAUGAUGAAGAUGACUUAAUAGAAGAGAGGAUGAAAAGUCCUUUUGGGUCAUCCUUUCGCACAUUUAAUGCAACUGAUUACAAACCUAUAGCAACCAUUGAUGUGAAGCGGAAUAUCUUUGACCUGUGUACAGACACCAAAGAUUGUUAUCUUGCUGUCAUUGAGAAUCAAGGCAGCAUGGAUUCUCUGAACAUGGACACAGUAUGCAGACUGUAUGAAGUCGGCAGACAGCGUCUGGCAGAGGAUGAGGAUGAAGAGGAGGACCAGAAGCGGAUGGAAGAGGAAGAACAGGAGGAAGAGGAUGAUGAUGAAGAUGAUGAUGACACUGAUGAUUUAGAUGAACUUGACACUGACCAGUUGCUGGAGGCGGAACUGGAGGAGGAUGACAACAAUGAGAAUGCAGGAGAGGAUGGGGACAAUGACUUCUCUCCCUCUGAUGAGGAGCUAGCAAAUCUUUUAGAGGAAGGAGAAGACGGGGAGGAUGAAGACUCUGAUGCAGAUGAGGAAGUGGAACUGAUCCUGGGUGAUACUGACAGCUCUGACAACUCUGAUUUAGAAGAUGACAUCAUCUUAUCUUUGAAUGAAUGAGGAGCCAUCACCACUUGGAAGGAAGAGAUGAUUGGCAGGCGAGAAACUGAGUCAGAUGAAUUCAGAAUACCUUCCCUUCCCUUUCUCACCAGGGCUGUCUGUCAAGGACCUUCGUGCCCUGCAUUCAGAAGAUUAUGGUUUAGAGUCUCACUGGAAUCUGAAGGUCAUUCUAAAAUAACAACCACAAAAAAGGCAACAGGGAUUAGGCCCCAUUCUGCUUCCCUCACUUCUCCUAAGAUGGACAUAUCUUUCCUCAAGGGAAAAAAAACAAAAACAAAAACAUGUCUCUGGGGUUAUUUCACAAUAUAUUUUCUUUGUAUAACGUUCUUUAAAGAACAAGAAAUAGUUUUUUAUAAAACUUAAAAAACAAACAAAAAAAAAACACAAAAAACAGGCAUUUAUAACUGAGGGUAUGAACUUAUAUCCACCAGGUCUCUUGUCCCUGCACUUCAUUUUCUUUGGAAGAAAAUGAUGUUUAAAGAACAAUACAGAGGCAUUUUUACAUACGUAUUUAAAUGAAAAGGAAAAUCGUGGUUUCUUAAAUUGAUAAGGAUUAAGAAUAUUUUAUUAUAAAUAUAAUAUAUGAUUUUUUAACCUGUUUUGUUGCCUCAUAUUGCUGUCAGGUUAAUUUGUUUUUUCCUUCAUGCCAGAGGUGGGAAGGAAGGCGCUGCUUAUUUGCUGAGUAAAUGCCUAAAUUUACCCACCUUCAUGGUUUGGGGGCAGCAUGGUCAUUGUGGAUAUUGGUUUUGUGGAGUCGAGGGAACUUAGGAUGUAAGUUCACUCCCUCUAUUUUUCUUUGUGAUUCAGUUUUUCAAAAAAAUUUUUUUCUUCCCUUUCUCCCCAAUGUGGAAAUUACAAAUCAAAGGCCUUUUUCUUUAAUGUAAAGUGUAUUUAUUUAAAAAAAUACAAAAUAAACUACAAGUCUGUCUUUGUUUA